AUGGCUCACCUCGUCGCCGCGUCCAACGCGCGUCCGUCGACGCGAAAUGUUUCGGCGGCGGCGGCGGACGAGCCGGACGCCGACGCCGACGCGGCGGCGACGACGUCUUCGGGCGCGAAAAAGGGCCGCUAUCGAAGAGAUAAACCCUGGGAUCACGAUGGCAUCGAUCACUGGAGCGUGACGCCGUUCACGGCGGAGGAUAACCCGAACGGCGUGCUCGAGGAGAGCUCGUUCGCGGUGCUGUUUCCAAAGUACCGAGAAAAAUAUUUACGCGAGACGUGGCCGAGCGUGACGAAAGCGCUGAAGGAGCAAGGGGUGAGUUGUGAAUUAAACCUCGUCGAGGGUUCGAUGACGGUGCGCACGACGCGAAAGACUUUCGAUCCGUACAUCAUCAUGAAGGCGAGGGACUUGAUAAAGCUGCUCAGUCGGUCGGUGCCGGCGCCGCAGGCGUUAAAGGUGCUCGAAGACGAGACGAAUUGCGACGUGAUUAAGAUUGGUGGGAUGGUGAGGAACAAAGAACGAUUCGUGAAGAGGCGGCAGCGAUUGAUUGGGCCCAACGGCUCGACGCUCAAGGCGAUCGAGAUGCUCACAGGGUGCUACGUGCUGGUUCAAGGGAACACGGUGAGCGUCAUGGGCGGAUGGAAAGGUUUGAAGAUGGUUCGCAAAAUCGUCGAGGACGCGAUGAAAAACACGCACCCGAUUUAUCACAUUAAAGAACUCAUGAUCAAACGGGAACUGGAAAAAGAUCCCGAGCUCGCCACGCAAAGCUGGGACCGAUUCUUGCCGAAAUUCAAGAAGAAGAAUGUCCAACGCAAGAAGCCCGCCAAAAUCGGCAAGAAGGAACGCGCGGUUUUCCCGCCGACCCAACCGAUGAGCAAGAUAGACAAACAAAUCGAAUCCGGGGAGUACUUUUUGUCCAAAGAAGCCAAGGAACGCAAGGCAGCGUACGACAAGUUGCAAAAGCAAAAAGACACGUCGACGGACAACCACAAGAAGCGACAAGCCGCCUUCGUCGCGCCGAAGGAGGACGACAAACCGGCUCGCUCAAAGUCGUCAAAGGCGAAGGAAGAGGACGUCGACGCCAUCACGGCAUCACUCAAGGCGAAGGCGAAGGCGAAAAAGGAGGAAGACAAGCGCUCGAAGGCGUCAGCUUCAUCCUUCGUCAUGGGUGGUGAAGCGAAAUCGUCCAAGCGCGAUCGAGAGGACAAGACGGAGAAGAAGUCAAAGAAGUCGAAGAAGGACAAGUGA